AUGAAAUUCAUAGGAUCGUUGUUGGGGAUCAGCUCGCCCAAAAAGAUGGGCAAGGAGUACAUGAAGGUGGGGAGGAACGCCCUGUUCGGUGUAAGGACGAGUCAACACGACGGCCUCUGCACGGACAAGGUCCCCAGACCUUUGUCCUUCCUCGUUUCUAAGAAUGGAAAACUGAAACACGGUAGAGUGUCAGCAAUUUUCAUAGGAAUUCUGACGCUCGUGAUCGGCAUUAUUUUAAGCAGUAUACCUUGGGUGGAUUACAUUAUAUUGAAGCAACUUCGAUUGUGGAAUGGGUCUCUUUCUUUUCAAUACUGGCAGAAACCAGGAGUAGUUAGAUUGACCAAAGUUUACAUAUUUAAUGUGACCAACGUAGAAAACUUCUUGCAAUACAACGAAAAGCCAAAAUUACAAGAAAUCGGUCCGUUCGUGUAUAAAGAGGAUAUGGAAAAAGUGAAUAUCGUUUUCCAUAACAAUGGUACCGUAAGUUAUCAACACAAGAAAAUAUUAAACUUUGUACCAGAGAUGUCAAAGGAUAAAGAUCUCAAAGUAAUAGUACCAAACAUUCCUUUAUUGACACUGUCGACACAAAGCAAGAGUCUACCUCGAUUUAUCACUUUAGGAUUAUCUAUGUUUUUGAGCGGGAUGCACAUGAAAUCGUUCGUUCCAGUAACUGCUCAAGAACUCGUUUUUGGAUACGACGAUCCAUUAGUUAGCAUCGCGCAUCGAUUCUUUCCGAAAACGAGACGUCCCAUGAGUCAAAUGGGACUUCUUCUUGGGAGGAAUGGCACGUUGGAAGAGGUGUCCACUAUUUUCACGGGACACACGGACAUGAGGGAGUUUGGAUUAAUAAAUCGUUUAAACGGGAUGGAUCGUCUACCAUAUUGGUCAAACGCGCCUUGCAAUUCUAUUCGCGCUUCAGAGGGAUCGUUUUUUCCACCCCGUGACAAAACUGGCGCCGAUAUCGUGCACAUUUGGGACAAAGAUCUUUGUCGAACCCUGCCUUUAAAAUAUCACGGCUCAACUGAGAAAUCAGGGAUCAAGGCGGAUUUAUAUAUACCACCUGACGCCGUGUUUGGACGUCCCAACGAAAGUGCUCCAGAAAACGAAUGUUUUUGUCCGGAUGACAUGUCCACCUGUCCUUCGAACGGAUUGCAAAAUAUCAGUCCUUGCCAGUAUAGCGCACCGGUUUAUCUUUCCUUCCCACACUUCUACAAAGCGGAUCCUAAUUUAUUAGAUGCGGUUCAAGGGUUAAAUCCAAACCGAGAAAUGCACGAGACUUAUUUUAAAAUUCAACCGAAAAUUGGCGUGCCUUUGGAGGGGAAGGUUCGGGUACAAUUGAACUUAAAGAUCGAGCAUCAGCCGUUGAUCAGCGUUGUGUCGAAUUUUCCCGACAUAGUGUUUCCUAUCAUGUGGCUGGAAGAGGGUAUCGAAGAGUUGACACCCUCUAUCCGUAGAUGGGUUUAUCUUGCAACAACAUUUGGCGAUGUUGCUGCGCCUUGUACCUCGUAUGGAUUAAUUCUAGUCGGUUUAGUAAUCAUAUUCGUCGUGUUCAUGAAGGCUUACAACAACGUGGUGCUCACGCACGAAGCGAUCGAAUUAGGCAAACGAACCAUAAGAAGAGGUUCCACGUUGUUAAUGAAUGGACAGCACAAAUUAUUAAUGACUCGAGAACAGUAUGUUUUGCUCACAGACAAGGAGGAUAAUGACGAGAAAUCAGGGAUAAUAGAGAUCUAGUUAGUUAGUAGCAUAAAUUUUCUUCUUCUUCUUCUUCUUCUUCUUUUUUUUUUCUUUUUUUCCUUUUAAAUAGAUGUAUAUUA